GUGUCAAAAAGCAAAAAGCCCGUUCACACAUCACAAUGGCCACACCCAAUCUCCUUAUUGCGGUCUCGCAGCUGUAAACUCUGGUUGAGGUUAGAGAGAUAAAACAAGAUGACAAGUCAACCCAUGUAUCGGUAUCAGCGUCAAAAUCUGCCAGUGCUGCUGUUGGCGUCGUUUCUACUGUUGGCAGCACUUCCAGUGUCCUCUUUUGUCUAUCAGCCAGGGCACCGAAAUAGCAACCCGAAGUCGAUACGUAUAUCCGCCAUCACCACCUCGGAUCCCUUGCUUCCUGAAGAAAAUCCGGAUAUUGAUGAGAACCAAGAAUCGCUCUCUGGCGUCUCCUACCGUCAAGUGUUGCAAGGAUUGUCACGGCUGUAUCCACCGGAAUCCUUGGAAGAGCGCAAUGCAGCUUCCCGGACUGAUGGUUAUUGGCCAUUUAUUCAAAAGGGCCAAGACCCACCCAAGCAAUUUACCUACGGAGAAUUCGAUUUGGGAUUCUUUGCACAGUUGUUGGAUCGAGUGCAGCAAGAGUAUGACACAAGUAAUGAUGGUGAUGGUUGGAAGGACAAGGUCUUUUGUGAUAUUGGCAGUGGCGCGGGUCGUCUUGUUCUGGCUGCAGCUGCCCUCCAUCCCCAAUGGAAACUUUGCCGUGGCAUUGAAAUUCUACAAGGCAUAUCCGAUGUAGCCAAUGCCAAGCUUCAAGAGUGUAGAGAUACUGCAGUGACAGGCAGUUCAGAAGAAGAAGAAGAACAACAACAACAAGUCGAUGAUUCCAAAGAGGAAGACGACGACGACGACGAGGAGUGGGUCGAGAAUGAGCAUGGUCUCCUGAUCAAAAGAGAGACCCCAGAAGGGCCAGAGGAACCCGAAACGAGUGAGGAAAUUGACGCUACCGCCACGUACCGUUUGGCCAUUGACGACAAUCAGCGACUCCCCUUGGCACCUGUAGAAUUCGUCUGUGGCUCUUUUGAAGACCCCUAUCUGUAUUUUGGGGAUGUAGAUUGCGUCUUUUGCUUCUCUAGUUGCAUGUCGGAAUCCAUUCUGCAGUCACUGUCACAGGCGAUUGGUCGACAAUGCAAACCAGGCGCCAUCGUCAUUACAACCGACUUUUCACUGGAACUGGAGGGAUACAUUGGCCCGUAUCCCGAUGACGACGAAUUGCCCUACGGCGGCUAUCAACUGGAACUGGUUGAGCAUGUGGAUGGGUAUUGCUGGUUGACGGGAGGACAAUCCACUGCGUAUAUUCAUCGUGUCCAAAAGUCACUCUGGGAGCCUGGUAGUGGGCCACGUAUCAAACCAGAGUUGCCAGCAUCCGAAAAGGCAUUUCGAGCCAUUCAGGCCAUGGAGCAGGAACGAGAUGAGGCUGCCGUCAAGUUCCUAUCUGGCGUUCGCAACAACAUGGUCUUUGCGGGCUAUCCAGAGCAGUGGAUGCCCGAUCCAAGCGACUAUCAAUCCAGAAAUGAGCCUGAUGAGGACUAACAAACCUCGCUUUUUGUGUGACGCAGUGUCGUGCUGCAGUACGGCAGAACAGAAGCAGAAGGCAAUCAACGAGGUCGCAAAAGAUUCGAUUCGACCAAUCAUCAAGAGAACGAGAGCUCUGGAAUUCAUCUUUUGCUCAGCCAAACCAACCUGACCGCAUCAGAAAGUUCGAAGCAAUACCUUGUCCAGACCUGGCUUGAUGGAGAUUGUGGUAUCUUCAACCUGCCUUUGGUAACCCCACACGGAUACCAAUUAUCUACUUGGGCUAAGUUGUUUAUCCUACAAUAAGUCAAGUGUAAGCUACGCUUCUGGAAAACCACUGCUUGAAUGAAUGCCUGCCCGUCUGGCCAUUCUGGCUGAUCAUGAAAUCUUCACGCUGUGGCUAGCUGCAUAGGCCUGCAGAUUUCAGCAGCUGUGAGGGCGUUCCUGCACAGAAGGCCAGCAAAAUUCUCUACUAGGUGGUAGCAAGCAAAAUAAGACAUUUCAUAUCUGUAUCCGCACGAAUUGCUCGGUAGCCAGAGACGAUCUUGUGUCUGUGAGGCACGUCUUAUUGAAAGAUACCACCAAAGUUACCCCCAUGCUUCCUAAAUCAAAAGGAAAGAGAACAAUCAACCAUAUCGAUGAGGAUACAGUACCAUACACGUACAUCAUUUCACCAUAAUAGCAACCCAAUUUGAUCGAC